AUGCAACUUGAGCCGAUAAUACGGUUGCCGCCUCUUUUAUAUUCUAGCAUGUGUUAAGCCUUCAAGUGUCUAAAUCCUGACAUCAUCGAUAAUGCAGGAUUGCAAGCAUCCGAUCUUUUCAUCACAGUGCGUUCCAUUUAGUGAUAACCUACUCCAGUCUACUUGCCUCGGAAGUUCCGUUAUCGAAAUCUGCAGUUGCUUAUGAGGAGUGGAAGUCAUUUCUCCCGGAAUGAAAACCAUUUUGAAAGCCUUGCAGUGCAGUGCAUUAACUGUGCAUCGCAACCUUGCAAUUCACUCUCUGUCUACUCGCGCUACACACCAGCCUACAGGCGCUACAGUUGGUCGCCCGUCGUGGCCCGCCUUUCUAACCGUUGUCCUUGUAUCAUUGGUCAUAUGUGGCAGCUGGCUGACACGUCAUGAGCCCGGUCCCUCAGAGCCCCAACGUCCCCAGAAACUGUAUUCAUACAAAGGCCAUUUGAACGUGUCCGGCGCUUUUUUUGUCCACCUCGUCACGACCAUGGACUUGUUGAUUCGUCUGACGCCAGAUCAUGCUGACGCCGAUUUAUUCGUCGCUACUGCUGCUGAUCACAAUCGAUUGAUUUCACGUCUUCCACCGCACCAUCGCUCCAAGUGCUCCCACACUAAUCCCCUAUAUCGCUUUCAACUCGAAUGGGAUGAACUCAUCGAUUUGGCGAGCCCCGAGGACAUGCAUAAGCUCUUCCCUUAUCAGUCAUCCACCAUCGGUGUCGACGAGCUUGUAGUCACUCGUGAACACACAGUGCAGGCUGCACGUCCGAUACUCAUUAUGGUUUUACCGUACUUCACUACUCAUUACGAGUGUGAUUUCCUUCUAGAGAUACUCACAUAUCGACCACCCGAACCUGGAUAUGAGGAACUUCAACAGUCUGCCAAUAAGGACUGUCUCACUUUUGAGGAGUUGUCAAUACGAUAUGCCACGCUUCCUGAUGACAUAGAUUCUUUCGAAGCAACCUCAAAAGUCGAUACAUCGCAGCCCUCGGACCCAAUCUCCCCGUCAUUCCUUCAGCGCAUUGCACGGAAGGCUUAUUCUCUACAGCCCUUGUUAGCCACCUUACUUGAUGUGUUCUUUGAUGCGCUCAUGUGAUGUGAAUUUCUCUACCCCCAAUCCCUUUUCCAUGUCGUCGAUCUAUUUCUUAUCACGUACUAUUCAUACAAUAAUUGAUUGUUCAAUACUGUCGGCUCAGAUUUUGUCUUAUCCCCCUGUCUUCCUCCAUUUGUCUCAUUUUAACGAAAUCGGAGGAGUUCUCUGCGAUGGUCAGUUGCGUUGUCUCAUCUAACACUUCGCUUGCGCUUAUACCAAAGGAGCGCAAACCUUUAUGCGUUCUUUGAGCACCGCACAACGUUACUGAGUGAUCUACUGCAAGACGCCGCUGUUUUUGACGUGUGUUUUACAUUUUCAUGGUACAGAGUUAUCACUCACGGCUGGGCUAACCCAUCACCAGCUUUCGUAAUUUUGCGGAAGCCUCUCGAGAUCGUUUCUCAAUUCACUUGUCCCGGCAGUUAUGUCAUCCUUGUAUGCCG